UUCAUAUCUAUGGACGACACUCGUCUCAGUGGCAACCACACGCGCGUCCAUGUGCUGCACUAAAAAAUGUCCUGAAUUUGUAGUGAACGUGCCGAAUCCUCGUCACGAACUGUCUCAGCAGCUCCGGUGGCAGGCCGUGUUUUCUCAGAAGCCGCAGGAAGUACAUCCUCUGCUGGGCCUUUUUGAGGACGGAGUUGAUGUCGGUCGCCCACUUCAGGUCCUGAGAGAUUGUAAUUCCCAGGAACUUGAAGGUCUCGACGGUUGACACAAGGCAGCUGGACAACGUGAGGGGCAGCUGUGGCGAAGGAUGCCUCCUGAAGUCCACGAUCAUCUCUACAGUCUUGAGCGUGUUCAGCUCCAGGUUGUGUUGGCCGCACCACAGCUCCAGCCGCUCCGCUUCCUGUCGAUAUGCAGACUCGUCACCGUCCUUGAUGAGGCCGAUGACAGUGGUGUCAUCUGCAAACUUCAGGAGUUUGACAGUCGGGUUCGCUGAGGUGCAGUCGUUCGUGUAGAGAGAGAAGAGCAGCGGAGAGAGGACACAACCUUGGGGCGCCCCAGUGCUGAUGCUGCGUGUGGAUGAGGUGGCCUCCCCCAGCCUGACCUGCUGUGUCCUGCCCGUCAGAAAGCUGUAAAUCCACUGGCAGAUGGCAGGUGAGACGCUGAGCUGGAGAAGCUUGGAUGAAAGGACUUCAGGGAUGAUGGUGUUGAACGCUGAGCUGAAGUCCACGAACAGGAUCCUCGCAGCGAAAAGUGUUGUGAUCGUCGUGUGAAAAUGGGUGGAAGGAGGACACCAGAGUACAAGGACGAACUUUGUGGCCCAAAAGAGGAGAAGGAGCCACAACGUCAACUACUGGACGCUGUGUUCAAUCUGCAGCCUCGAAUUGUCCUCUGCAGAGUGGACAUCAAUGAAGAUCUUCAUCCUGAGCAGCUGAAGCCAGAGUCCCCUUACAUCAAAGAGGAAGAGGAGGACGAAGAGGUUCAUCAUAUAAAAGAGGAAGAAGAGCUGGCGCGCCCUCACAUUAAAGAUGAGAAAGCAUUCUUCCACAUUAAAGAGGAAGAGCGGGAGGAAAUCAUCAAGUUUCCGUCGACUGGUGUCCCUUUGAAGAGCGAAGAUGAAGGUAAAAAUGAGGAGAGCAGAGGGCCGGAGCCUCCAAGCGGCAGCUCAAGUCAAGACAUGACAACAGAUGAUGAUGGAGACCACUGUGGAGUAUCUCAAGCAGACGGCCUCUUCGCUCCACCAUCAGAUAGUGACAUGAAGUCACACUCUCCUCACACUGAUGAUGAUGAGGAACAGUCUGAAGGUCACUCUGACAACAAACGCUCACAUUUGAAACAACACAUGAGAAAGCAAACUGGAGAAAAACGUUUUGACUGCUCAAUGUGCAGUCAAAGAUUCUCUAGGAAGGGAACCUUAAAAGGUCACACAAGAACACACACGGGUGAGAAACCUUUUGUCUGCUCAGUUUGUGGUAAAAAAUUUGCUCAAAGAAAGAAUUUGACAGCACAUACAAAAACACACACUGGGGAGAAACCUUUUUCCUGCUCAGUUUGUGGUCAGAAAUUUUCUCAAAGACAUCAUUUGACAACUCAUACAAGAACACACACUGGUGAGAAACCUUUUGCCUGCUCAGUUUGUGGUCGAAGAUUUACUCAUAGUAGUCAUUUAACAACUCACACAAGAACCCACACUGGAGAAAAACCUUUUGCCUGCUCAGUUUGUGGUCAAAGAUUCUCUGCGAAUGGAACCUUAAAAAUUCACACAAGAACACACACUGGAGAGAAACCUUUUGCCUGCUCAGUUUGCAGUCAAAGAUUUGCUCAUAGCAGUCAUUUAACAACACACACACGAACCCACACUGGAGAGAAACCGUUUGCCUGCUCAAUUUGCAGUCAACGGUUCUCUCGCAAGGGAACCCUAAAAUAUCACACAAGAACACACACGGGUAAGAAAGCUUUUUCCUGCUUAGUUUGUGGUCAAACGUUUUCUCAAAUAACCAAGUUGAUAAAACAUACAAAAACACACCCUGGGGAGAAACCGUUUGCCUGCUCCGUUUGCGGUCGAAGAUUCGCUCAAAGCAGUUAUUUAUCAACACACACAAGAACCCACACUGGAGAGAAACCUUUUGCCUGCUCAGUUUGUGGGCAAAGCUUCUCUGAGAAUGGAACCUUAAAAGUUCACACAAGAACACACACUGGCGAGAAACCUUUUGCCUGCUCAGUUUGUGGUCGAAGAUUUGCUCAUCGCAGUCAUUUAACAACACACACAAGAACCCACACAGGAGAGAAACCUUUUUCCUGCUCAGUUUGUAAUCAACGAUUCUCUCGGAAGGGAACCCUAAAAUAUCACACAAGAACACACAGAGGUCAGAAAGCUUUUUCCUGUUUAGUUUGUGGUCAAACAUUUGCUCAAAGAAUACAUUUGACAACGCACACAAGAACACACACUGGGUAAAAACCAUAUGUCUGCUCAGUUCGUAAUUAAAGAUUAUCUGAGAAGGGGUCCUGAAAAAAAAAAAAAAAUCACACAAAAAUACAUGCUGGGGGGGAGAAACCUUUUUCCUCCUCAGUAUGUGGUCAAAGAUUCUCUUGGGAGGACAGGUUUAAAUGACACAAGUGUGUUGGUGAGAAAAAGCAAUGCUCAAGGAAGAUUUCACCUUUAAUCUGAGCAGGCUUCAUGAAUUCUUGCACCAAGGCUAGAUCGGACAGCUCUAGCUCGAUCAUGUGCAAUGUCUGCAAAGACAACCAAAACAGUUCAGUUGCGAUCGAUUCAAUGUCCUGAGAAUGAAUUGACCUGAUCACAUCUGGACAAUACGUUGCCACUCCUACUAGCCACUCUGGCUGAAUGUUAUACACAGUAUGUAUAUUUAAUGGUAGUUUCUAGCAAACGGCGUCUGAUAUAAUAAACCAGGCCCAUUUAACUACUAGCCCAUUUGAAAUUUGAGAUGAGCUGCCAAACUUUCAUAUUUUACUUUUGUGUAACACGGUGAUCAUUAAAAAAAUGGCAAUACAAAAGUACAUAUGAUGACAAGUUUGUCCAAGUGGACUAGCCGUAAAUUGCUGCUUGUGCAUGUCCACAAAGGAUCUAUACUGACCCACACUAAAAUCCAAACAUCAGGAAACACACUAAACAUGAACAGACGACAGCACUACAAACGUUUGUAAACAAGACUGGCUUCAAAAUGUCUCUCUCAAAGCCAAAUAAAUGCAAAGUGGAUCUUGAAAAACCAGCAAUUCCAGACCCAGUGGGCUGACAAGUAUUUAUUUUGUAUGCCAUGUCCAACAAGCAUUAAAGCAGUGUGUUUACUGUGCAAUGAGAACAUUGAUGUGAUGAAGGAAUAUACAGUAGUGUGAAGCGGCACGACUUGUCUCAAAUUUUUUAGCUCGUGGAAUUAACGUCCAAACUGAGUCAGGUGGUAAUUGGUCGCUUUUGGUGCAGAGCAAGAUAGACCCGCGACAGCAUCCCCGCGUGUAUCAUGGAAUCUAACCAUGUACAGCCGUUGAUGAAGUGAUUGUUGACAACAAAACAAAGUAGCUUGUCACUCAAGCUAUUUAAAAAAAUGGCUCUCUCUGAAACAACAACUCUUUCCAGAGUGGAACUAAAUGCAAACGAUGUUUCAGGAAAGCUUGCGCAAGACCUGGGAAAAGCUGAAUUUCUGCAACGAGUUCAUCUCAAGCCCUAGACCUGAUGAAAGAGAAUAUUCACAUCAGCAUGAUGUUUAAUCUUGAAACUAAUGAAUGUGGCUCUGAUUUUAAAUCUACAUUCUAUAUGUACCCUCUUAACGGCUUCUUGUGAACCAGUGUUUAAAAUUAGCACUCCUGCUUAAAAAUCUGCUUUGUCCAAUGUUUUUGUGAUGUGCAUAUCAAACAAGUAAAUGAUUGCUUGAAAUAACUGUGAGCAAACUGACUCUGUUGGUAAGAUGGAAAACUGCAUUUUGUAAUGUAAUAUAUUAUGUAACUACAUCACACUGUACAGUUUAUCAUCUAUGUAUUUGUAUUUGCUUUUAUUUGGCUUUGUUUUACUGCUGUUUCUGCUCCCAUGUCAGCCUUGCAAAUGAGAAUCUGUUCCCAAUUGCUUUGCCGCAGUUGUUUGUAGAUACUGUAUAUUGCUUGUUUGCCAAUAAAGUUCUCUUUGUUCGACAAGCUUG